GUCUCAGAAACUGAAAGGCUUUCAUAUGUAGGGAACAACUUUGGCAGUGGAGCUAUGAAAUGUAACUCCCUAUGCAGGUAUUUUGUUGGUGUGUUAGACAAAGACUCUGGGCAGAUGGAAGUCUAUAAUGCUGAAAUGUUCAACAUGCAGCCCUUGCUGUCAGAUAACUUAAUACCUGAUGACACGAAGGAUUAUCAGACUAAAUCCUACAGAGAGAAGAUGGAUUUGUGCAUCGAGGCAUUUGGGACCAGCAAGCAGAAGCGAGCUCUGAAUGCUCGGCGAAUGAAUGCAGUGGGCAGUGAUGUUCUGAACACAGCUGUGACAAAAGCAGCAGCAAACGUCAUAGAUGCAAAGGGAGUAACAGCUUUGAUCCAGGAUGUGGCUCAAGAUGAUGUGCAGAACAUCUCCACCUUCCUCCCACCAUGUAAUGAAGAUGCUGAAAAACCAGAAGAUGUUUACAAGUUUGAGGACAUUCUGUCCCCAGCAGAGUAUGAAGCAUUGCGUGUUCCAGCAGCAGUCUUUGUUAACAUCACUCCUGAAGAAAUCACCAAGAAAACAGAAGAUAAAAGCCAUUGCUCCUUUGUUCUAGAGGAGCUGAAGUUCCUGCCUGCUGAUGAGAAGAGCAGAGAUCACAAAGCCCGGUGCCUCUGGUUCCUGGACACCCUUAUUAAGUUCAGCUACCUGAAAGUGAUCAAGAGGAAGCAUCCAAUGGGUCCUGAAUGCCCACACAUUAUUAGCAGAAAACUCAUGAAGAAUUUCAGUUCACUGACCUACAACAAUGGCAGUGUCCAGAAUUUAAUCUCUGCAUCAAUGAAGGCUAAAAUCACAGCAUAUGUCAUUGCACUGGCGUUGCACAUUAACAACUUCCAAACAGACCUCACCAUCUUGCAGAAUGACAUGAAGCUCCAAGAAAGCAGGAUGAUGGACAUCGCAAAGGCCAUGCGGUUGAAGGUCUCCAAGGCAAAGGGGCUGCCAGGACUUGAGCAUGAUCAGAACCACAAGCUGGGUACUCUCUCUCUCCCCUUGCCUGUACAGAAGGCAGCAGGGAACCAACGCAAGCGAAGAAAAAUGAACUAAAAUAUCUGGGAGGUCUGAGCAGGAGCAAAACAGUUCCUUUCUCAACUGCAGUUCUGUGCACACAGCAUCAUGGUGAUGCAUUUGUCUGUGGG